GCUUCAAACGCGAAACGGAAUAUACAAGAAAAUAAAUUCAGUUGCUUUUUGUCGGUGACUAAUCCACGAAUAAUCCACAAAGCUCUGUCUAUCUCUUCUGUUCUCCUGUCACGUAGAUGUCCGUUGUGCCUCUAAUGUUCCGCGACUGGUGGGAUGAGCUUGAAUUUCCAAUGCGCACCUCGCGCCUCUUGGAUCAACACUUUGGCCAGGGUCUGAAACGGGACGAUCUGUUGUCGUCCGUUUGGAACUCCCGUCCCACAGUGCUGCGCUCCGGUUAUCUGCGUCCCUGGCAGCGUUCGGUCAACAGUCUGCAGAAACAGGAGUCCGGCUCCACGCUGAACAUCGAUAACGAAAAGUUCGAGGUCAUUCUGGACGUGCAACAGUUCUCGCCCAAUGAGAUCACCGUCAAAGUCGCCGACAAGUUUGUCAUUGUCGAGGGCAAGCACGAGGAGAAGCAGGACGAGCACGGCUUUGUCUCGCGCCAAUUCUCCAGACGCUAUCAACUGCCAAGUGAUGUCAAUCCCGACACAGUCACCUCUUCGCUGUCCUCGGAUGGCCUGCUGACCAUUACGGCGCCCAUGAAGAAACUGCCGCCGCCUGCCACGGAGCGCCUGAUCCAGAUAACACAAACCGGGCCCUCGUCCAAGGAGGACAAUGCCAAGAAGGUCGAGACCACAACCACCUAAACGCCAUGGACUGUUAAGGUUCUCGUUCGCUUCUCUCUCAAGGAGCGUUGCGAGCAACUAGAUUUUUUCUUAAACGAAAAUGAGAAUUAGAAUUAGCGUAAAUCUUGUAUUAAAUAUAAAUUAAAAAUGGAAAGCUGGACAUUUAGAAUGUCGAGAAUUAAAGUUGUUUUAGGGC